CCUGGACAAUUGCCGUUUCUUCAAAGCAACAGUCAAACAAUGAGCAGUGAUAUCUCGCAAAUGGCAAAAUCGUCUUCAUCUUUUCCAUCUGGUGGACCGCAACUAUCACAGACUAAUUCUUUUCAAACUGCCAUCCAUGGACCAUUGGGACCUGUGCAACAUUUUCCGGAGACUUUUCCACCCUCAUUUUCAGGGCCCAUAACAGUACCUCCACCAUUAACACCCAUGCAAUUUCCCCCUCCUUUGCCAGGCAAUUUGUCAGUACCAACGGUGGCUUUGGCAGCAUGUUCUGCUAAUCAACCUCAGGUGAAUGCAGGAGUUACAGCACAAGAGACAACAAGCCAAGGGUGGAUUAAUCAGUUUUUAAGAGAAAGAGGACUUGUGAAACAGGAAAAACAAGCAGAGCCACACAGCCAUUUAAAGGUUUACCUUUUUUAACUUUUAAAACCUCUUUCACAGGUGAUAAAGGAGUCAUUUUCUUUACAUAUGAUUCCUCAAAGAAAAUGAAAACUUUCAUUUGAAUGUUGGCGAAGACUGGGAAGCAUUCACGUAGAUUGUUUGGUUGUAGAAAGUGUACUUUUCUUGAUUUGAGUAGGUUUAUAAGGAUCUUGGCUCAUGCUCUCCUUUGGAUUCACCCUGUAGCAUUGAGUGAUUGUCAAAACAAUGAGCCUUUGUUAUGGUGGUUGUGUAAGAUACCUUUCUGGGAUUCAGUCUUGAGAUUUUACACAUUUAUACUUUCAUCUUCAAGUGAAAAACAAUUUCCAUGGGACUAAAUUACACUUGCAAAAGUUUUAUCAAAUUGACCCCAGGUGUCAUUGGUUAAUAAUUAACCCAACAACACCCAGACAGUACCAGCAUCCUACAUGUAUCUUGGAGGCAAAAGCUUGUGAAUUCUUAACCCUGGAUUGUAAAGAAAGGCGUCCUCUGCAGGAGGUAUUAAUAUUCUUUGCUUAUUGUUUUGUUCUUUUAUAUUUUUUGCAGUUAUAUGAAGCUAAACAGCUCAUGACAGAUUGGCUGCAGCUAAUUGCAGAGUUGUCACUUCAGAGAGAUAAAUUGGCUGCACUUGCUUCACAUCACAAUGAAAUGGAAUGGGUAAAAGAAAUAAACAGGGCUCAAACAUUAAAGGUCAGUAACUAAAAGGAUACAUUGAAACCUUGAGGAAUAAUACCCCACCCUUUAUCAUAGCUCCUGCGGAGAUACCAGAAAAUGUAGUUGCUUGCGAAAGGUCAAGGAUAACCAAAAUCUGACAUUUUAAAUAAGGCAGAAUCUAAUAGAGCAAAUUUAGAGCUCAAUGAAACCGUGAACCGCUAAUAGCAUGUAGCCUUUUUAUAGUCCCUGCUUAAUAAAGCAUUAUAAAGUCUUAAGAACAAAGAAUGCUACACCAAAGGAGGAAGCAUCUUAAUUUCAUCCCGUCAUCGGCAUGUGAAAACUGAACAGUGUGGCAGAGAGUACAUUUGUUGAUGUAAGAUCUUAAAGAGAAGUGUUCAUCUAGAGAAGUCCAGUUAUAAUGGUGGUUUUUAGAGGAAAAUUGCCAUCUUGAAUUCUCAGCUGACCAGAAAUUAGUUGCCAUUCUACAAAGCAAAGGUUUAAAGCUUGAUGCUAGACUGAGUAAAGUAAGCGACCCUUAGGUUGUAAAGCUACUGAAGCAGAAAGCUCUGCUGUGCCCUUUCACAGUCAAUACCCCCUCAUCUUCAUUGACUAUAAUAUAAAAUUUUCUUUGUUAAUAAUGUUUAAUUAUUUUGACACCACCAUUACCACUGCUGUCAUCAUCAUCAUCAUCAUCACCAUCAUCAUUAUUGUUAAUGUCAUUAUCAUCAUCAUCAUCAUCAUCAUCUAGAGCGGUCACCAUCCUUCUUUUGCAGUAAUUGGGCCGGUAUUCCCUGUUUAUGUUUGUCUUGUUUAAAAACCUUUACAAAAUCUUAUCAAGAAACUUUUUUUCUUCUGUAGGCUAGGAUUGAACAGAUUCAAGCUCAGUUCUCCUCCUCUGAAGAAAUUAAUCAUCUAGAACAACAAGCAGUGAAAAGAAAGAAAAAACGGGUGAGAUGAAGAUGAACUCAGUUGGUUUUAUUUGGAAGGCUACCAUAUUACACUACAAUUUCACUUGGUUUGCUAAUAGGAUAAGUUGGUUAUUUUUUAGGAGUGGCAGAAAAAGAGAAGAAAAGAAGAGCAUGUGCUGAAAAAGGAAGCUGAGGACAGAAAGAAGGUUCUGCAUGAGAAAAUUGAUGAAUGGAGGUCACAAAUAAUAGCAGAGGAUCAAGCCAAACGAAGAGUAAUCAAUUUACUGUUACUUUUUUAUGUUUGUUCACCUUUUUAAUAGUUUUUCUCUUCCCCUGUGCCGGGUGUCCUCUGCCUGAUGUUAAAUUUCAUUUCUAAAAGGGAAGUAAACCAUGUGAAAGGAUCAUCAAAGAGUUUUCACAUGGCAGCGUGCAAAGACCGUCGUGUCUGAUAGCCUGGGGCUAGUGGAUUUUGCUAUCGGGUUAGUUAUUUUUGUUCUUCACUUGCCCGAUGGGCAAAUGCUAUUUUUUUGGGGAAAUUCAAAUUACAGGAGGAUUGUAAUCAAUCCUGCUAAUCAAAAAGGGUUUUGGGGCUAGUUGAAAUGACUUGUGGGCUAGUACAUGCUAACUAUAGCUUGCCCGAAUGGCAGGCUGUAAAACUCACUUUCUUUGCACCCUGCAUGGAGAGUCACACCAUGAGGUUUCAUCCUCAGACUCAAAAAUUUCAAUCAGGCAUAGCAGAGCGAGCAAACUACAAGAGCGCAUUUGAAAAUUGCCAGCCAAUGGGGAAGCAACAAGUGGAGGAAAGAGAGAAAGUAUUUUGCAUGCUCGGCUAUUAUCCUUGAGCUUUUGAACAAAAAAAAAACUGAGUGUAAAUCCAUCUUUUCAAAACAGCAACAACAACAACAACAAAAUACACUUAAUGAACUACUGCGUUAUAUUAGCCUAGACAUACGCGUUAAUUUCCUUCUAAAUGCAUUUAUAGGCCGAGUUGAUGAAACAUGAAGCAGGUGGAGUACUGGGAGAAGUGAAAAGGAAACAAACAGAAGCUACAAAAGCUCUUGACCUCUUAAAGGCGUUGAGAAAGCUACGGGAGGCCAGAAAACAAGAAGCUGAAGUAAAAGGUGAUUAGUNGGUGGAGUACUGGGAGAAGUGAAAAGGAAACAAACAGAAGCUACAAAAGCUCUUGACCUCUUAAAGGCGUUGAGAAAGCUACGGGAGGCCAGAAAACAAGAAGCUGAAGUAAAAGGUGAUUAGUACAACAAUGUAUAAGAAUAUGCUUCAUUCAGAAAUGCUUGAUGAUUGGCUAUCCAGUGGACAAGUGUUAGGUAACUGAGUUAGACACUGGAUAGGGAUUCAUCAAGUAGGUACCACUGUCCACAGAGUACCCUGUGAACAAUACGACCGUGUUUUACCGAGUAGCACCAAGUCUUGACAACAUUUCAGAAUGAGAGAGCGUCGCGAAUAGGAUUCGUGGGAAGUUUUCGUUCUCUCUUCGCAAAGAAUUAAGUUGGAGAGUUUUAAGGUUAAUUUAACCCGUUAUCACGCAAAAAAACAAUGCGCCAGUAAAGUGCUGAGACUUCACGUCCUACUAGAAGUGGCAUCAUCAGAAACCAAUCUCCAAGCAUUAUUCGGCCUUUCUUGCAGGGCUUUUAUCAAGGGAGAAGCUCGAAACAAUUUUCAGGGCGAAAGCGUGUCCGUUUGGAAAGUUUGCUUUGCUUUUUGAGAUACCAAAACUAAAAAGAAAACAGGCAGGCCAUAAAGACAAGUUCACUUUAAAGCUCAUUGUGAAGCAUUCUUUUAGAGAAAGUUUAGCUGCUAUUUUUCAGGAAGGACGAAUGUCGCCGCCAGUCUCUAUUUAAACGCUUUCUCUUGCUUUUUUUCUUUUGAUCUAGGCGUUUAUGUCAAGCCUACUGAAGAAGAAAAUCGAAAGUUUGAUGAAAGAGUGAAAUGGCUGGAGAAUGUGAUGGCCCCAAGACGAGAACUAUACGAGGCGGAAGAAAAGACACUGAGAGUCAUGCUAGCUGAGGAGGAGGAAGAGAAAGAGAAAGAACGACGGGAAAAUGAAAGAAAAAAUCAAGGUACUGGUCCUUCUAGCUUUAGUAGGCGUGUGUAUACUUGAAAAGAUAUUAUUUACCUAUAUAUUUCGGUACCUUACUUGGAAUACACAGAUUCCAGAAUAAAAAACAAACGGUAGUUAACAGUCCUUGACUAAAGCAAAAGGACAGACGAAGAUACAUGUACAGACAAAAAAUGCUACUUCAGUGGAGCAAAUUAAAAAAAAAAUGGUCACAAGUUAGGAUUAACUGGAAGAAUGAAAGAUGGCAAAUUUUAAGCUCGGUGCAGGGGAAACAAAUGUGAAAGUGAAAUGAUCAGCAUGUCACGAGCGUGGAACAAGGAAAAAAUCUGAGUCCCCGACAGGAUUCGAAGAGAAAGAGAGGGAGGUCAUAGGUUCGAAUCCUGUCGGGGUUUCAGAUUUUUUCUUUGUCCCACGCUCGUGACAUGCUAAUCAUUUCACUUUCACAAGUUAGCAUUACUUUGUAGACCAGCAAACUGUAAACGAACCGAUCAAAACCGAAGUGAAGGUCGACCUGAUCUAUCAUUAGGCGACAUCAUCGGAGAACGGAAAAAAAAACAAUAGUUAUAGAUCAGCAAAACAACAACUCUGCAAUUUUUUUGUACAUUUCCUUGCCGUCACUGCACGACUACGAGGUGCAAAUCCCUAAACUCACGUUUUGUGGUUGACGUGAACACGAGACAAAGACUUUCUUUUUCUUUUCCUGAACUUCGAUACAGUUCCUUAAAAUUCAACUCCAGAAAAAUUUGCCAACAUUUUACUAAUCGAUCGAGAUGGAAUAAGUGCGAUAAAGUUUGAAUCAGCGCGAAUUCAGUAUUCAAGUGACGUUAUCGUCUUCGUUGCUUAAGCUACCUAUUUAUAAUUGUCACUUCUGUCAUUACAGGCUGCAGCUGCACUCCAAUUAUGUACAGUUUGCUCGCUUACGUAGCUAUAAACAGUGCCCGUAUCUUAUUGAGUAUUAUCCGAGGCGGAAAUCAGGGCUUUAAGCAUUAAUUCUCAAAAUAUUUUUUCUCGCUUACAAUGUACACUCACUUGUUCUCUUUCUUUCGUCCAGCAUCUCUAGGAUUGUCUGACCCAAUGGACUGGUUUCGCAGCUAUUACAAACAAGGCGAACACAGUGUACAGUCCUUGCUGCAAAUAAGGUACUGCCACCAAAAAUGUACCUUUAUAUGUCGUAGAUAAAAUAAUUUCUCAAGUCAAACCAGUGUUCAACCUAGUUUGCCCGCAACCGGCAACGGCUUAACUGUCCGUAGGUUUAUCUGUACUUUUAUUUCCUGCUUUAGUUUAGUCUCCUGUUUUACUUUCUGUCAACCUCGUAUUUCCAGCCUAUUCUUUCGUGGUAAAAAUUUAGAAAAAGCUCUCUUUCUAUAUUUGUCCGUCAUUUUUAAAGUUUUCGAAAAAAUAAACAACGCCAACAUUGUAAUGUUAGCUGACUUAGCCAGGGAAAGUGCUAGGACGUUUAACCUGUAGGUAAUCGUGACUUCAGUGAUGGAAUUGUAUGCAAGAUGCCGUGCCAUGCAUGUUGUUGACAGUGUUGAUAGAAGAAACUGCCUGUGAUUCUUACGUGUAAAUUUUGCUUCUUUUUUUUUUUGCGAAUUCAUGAAGUGUGUUGUAAAAGUGACGAAUGUUUUCCUUCCUCCAGGCGGCAAUGGGACGCUUUCUUGGUCCCCGACACGUUCCCUGGCGCCUCCCGUAUCCCUGAUGGAAUUGUGACUCCGGUAGAGCCUUCAUCGGAUUUAUGGGCGACAGCGAUCAUUGACAAGGGGUAG